AAAUUCAUAAUUUUAAAAUUAAUCGUUGUGAAAUUCUCUCUUUUAUUAUUUGGAAAAAAGAAUUUUUUAAAGGUUCUUGUUCAAGGAUUUACCGGCUCACAAGGCACAUAUCACAGUAAACUUAUGAUGGAAUAUGGAACGAACGUCGUUGGUGGAAUUUCGCCCAAGAAAGCUGGGAUUAGACAUUUAGGGAAACCGGUUUUUCAAACUGUUAAAGAAGCACGAGAAAAGACUGGCGCUGACGCGACAAUUAUCUAUGUUCCAUCAGCGACUGCCUCGGAUGCUAUAAAAGAAGCGAUCGACGCAGAAAUCCCUUUAAUUGUGUGUGUAUCGGAAGGAAUACCGCAACAUGAAAUGAUUAGAACAAUUCAACUGCUCCGCGAAAGAAAAGUGUCGCGUUUACUCGGACCGAACUGUCCGGGAAUAAUAAAAUCCGGCGAAUGUAAAAUGGGAAUAAUGCCUGGAGAUAUUCAUCGAAAAGGUUGCAUCGGUAUUACUUCAAGAUCAGGGACGCUUACAUACGAAGGUGUUCAGCAAACUAGCUCACUUGCACUGGGCCAAACCCAUGUAAUAGGUAUUGGCGGUGAUCCUUUCAAAGGAAGCGAUUUUAUUGACUGCUUAAAGGUUGCUUUCAUAGCUGGGAUGACAGCACCAAAAGGACGUCGCAUGGGUCAUGCUGGCGCAAUUAUUACUGGCGAUAAAGGAACAGCACAAUCAAAAGUCGAUUCACUAAAAGAUGCCGGAGUUACAGUUGUUAAUGCCAUAACAGCUUUGGGGGAUGCAGUUCUUAGGGAACUCAAAUAA